UCCUUCCCUCCUUCCCCAAUGUGUGAUGCGCAUUGGAGAGGAGGAGGAGGAGGAGGAGAAGGAGGAGGAGAGAACGAGGGAAGGGGACGCGUGCCUGGAAUGUGAAUGAAGGCGUGAGUGAGUGAGGCAGGCAGAGAAGGAAGGCUUCCUCUCCGUUUUUCCUCCGUCCUUCCUUGAUUCCUUCCUGGAUGCCAAGGGGGGCCCCUGGCCGCGACCCCUUCCCCCAGGAUGCCGUUCCACCCGGUGACCGCCGCCUUGAUGUACCGCGGCAUCUACACGCUGCCCAACCUCUUGGCCGCCCAGGAACGCGGCCCCCGCGACGCCCCCGACAUCCCCGAGGACGAGCUCGAAGAGAUCCGUGAGGCCUUCAAGGUCUUCGACCGGGACGGUAACGGCUUCAUCUCCAAGCAGGAGUUAGGCACGGCCAUGCGCUCCCUGGGCUACAUGCCCAAUGAGGUGGAGCUGGAGGUUAUCAUCCAAAGGCUGGACAUGGACGGGGACGGACAAGUGGACUUUGAGGAGUUCGUGACGCUCCUGGGACCCAAGCUCUCUGCCUCCGGGAUUCCUGAGAAGUUCCAUGGGACGGACUUCGACACUGUCUUCUGGAAGUGUGACAUGCAAAAGCUGACAGUGGACGAGCUGAAACGCCUGCUCUACGACACCUUCUGCGAGCACCUCUCCAUGAAGGACAUCGAGAACAUCAUCAUGACAGAGGAGGAGAGCCACAUGGGCAACGCGGAGGAGUGCCCCGUCGACGUUGAAACCUGUUCGAACCAACAGAUCCGGCAGACCUGCGUCCGGAAAAGCCUCAUCUGCGCCUUCGCCAUCGCAUUCAUCAUCAGCGUUAUGCUUAUCGCCGCAAACCAGGUGUUGCGGAGCGGGAUGAAGUAGCCAGGCGGGAUGGCGCCGGUGGCUGGGGUUCCUUCCUUGCGAUCGGACAGCUAUUUGUACCCAUCAACACCCAAAAGGGCCGGACCGAGGUGGGGGGAACCAUGGAGCUUGGCCGCUGUUUUCUCGCAGACUCUCGGAGGGGCUCUUCUUCCUCCUCCUCGCUAUCUCGGCUUCUUGGCAGAUAGCAUGGCCUCCUUGGGGCGGAUCCGGGCCGCCCGCAUGGUGGAAGUGUUACCCUUUCGACGCAUGUCCAAAGUGCAUGGAGACUCUCCUUCCCUCCCUCCCCUACCGCCCUGCACCCAACUCGGAGUGAUGCAAUACUGUGCGCUUUUAUAACCAGAUAUUUAGAGGUAUACAUAAGAUAUUAUAUAUAUAAUACAUAGAGAUAUAUAUAGAUAUAUACAUAGAUAUAUUUAUGAUAAGUUGAAUAAUCCGUUAAGCAAUACACACACACCUAUCAGGAUUUUCUAUCCAAGAUUCGGACAUUGCAUGACCAUUCACACAAGGGCUGCUGGAUGUAUGUACCAACCUCCGGCGCCCCAACCCUCCAAGCAGGUUCACUCCCACAUCUAUGCACUUUUUCCUCCUCUUCUCCCGUAAUCCGGGCCUGCUUGGUGUGGAUCUGGGCCGUUUGGACGGAAGGCACCAGCAAAUAUUGGGAUGGUGCAAGAGAAAUUCUCAUUGUUAUGGUUUGUGUCGCGGUCGCAUGCGGAAGUCCAACCCGGGGUGGAUUGUUCUGGGCUGAAAGGUUCCAGGGUUCGAACUUGUUCGGAGUUGUUCAGGUGGAAGGCACCAGUAAAUGGUGGAAUGACCCAUUGUGGUCUUGACAGCAUGCCGCCAUGUCUCUUUUGUAUUUGGAAGUCCUAUCUGGGCUGAAACGUUCGAGUCUACUUCGUGCAGAUUUGGCGGUCGUUCAGGCGGAAGGCACCACCCAAAUGUUUGACAGCUAUGGAGGGAAAACAAUGCCGUUGUGAUCCAGACAUCACACCGCCAUGUCACUGUUGCAUGCGGAAGACCUAUCUUGCUCCUGAGCCACCUUUGUGCAGAUCAAGGGUCGUUCGGAAAAUCCAAAACCACAUUGUUGCGCUCCGGACAGCACACUGUUACAUCGCUGCUGCAUGUUGAAAUCCUGUCAGGGAUGGAGAAAAAGUUUUCCCAGGAUGACUCUGGGCUAAAACAUUCUGGGAUCGUUCAGAAGAUCCGAAAUCACGUUAUUGCGCCGUUAUGUCACUGUCGCAUGUGGAAGUCCUUUCUGGGAUGGUUCUGGGCUGAAAUGUUCCAAAGUUCAAAUUUGAGCCUUUUUUGUGCUUUUAAGAUCAUUUGGAAAAGUCAAAAUCAUGUUAUUGCGCUCCGGACAACACGCCGUUACUUUCCCAUUGCAUGAUCAAAUCCUGUUCAGGAUGGAAAAAUGUUGUGCUGGGAUGAUUCAGGGCUGAAAUGUUUCAAGGUUCAAACCUGGGAGGCCAUCUUCUCCUCCAUUUUGGUCUCCUCCUCCAUCCAUUCCUUCUUCCUCCAUCAGAGCUCCUCUAUGGGGACUUCUUCUCCACCUGGGAGGCCAUCUUUUCCAUCUUGGUCUCCUCUUCCAUCCAUUCUGCCACCUUCUUCCUCCCUCAGAGCUCCUCUAUGGGAACAUCUUCUCUGCCAGUAAGGCCAUCUUCUCCCCCAUCUUGGUCUCUUCCGCCAUCCAUUCCUUCUCCUCCUUCUCCAUCCAUUCCUCCUUCUCCUUCCUCAGAACUCCUCUAUGGGGACUUUUUGCCUGGGAGGCCAUCUUCUCCUCCAUUUUGGUGUCCUCCAUCCAAUCCUCCUUCUCCUUCCAUUCCUUCUUCUUCCUUCCUUCUUCUAUGGGGACAUCUUCUCUGCCUGGGAGGCCAUCUUCUCCUCCACCUUGGUCUCCUCUUCCAUCCAGUCCUUCUCCUUCUCCAUCCAUUCCUUCUUCUUCUUUCUCCCUCAGAGCUCCGCUAAGGGGAUGUCUUCUCCUUCUGGGAGACCAUCUCCUCUUCCUCCUCCUUUCAUUCCUCCUUCUCCUUCAUCCAUUCCUCCACCUGUAUUCCUUCUCCAUCUUCUCAUCCAUUCAUUCCUCCACCUCCAUGCCUUCUUCUUCUUCCUCCCUCAGAGGUUCAAACCUGAGCCUUCUUUGUGCAGAUCGAGGGUUGCUUGAGAAAUCCGAAACCACAUUAUUGUGCUCCGGACAACACACUGUUAUGCCGUCGCCACAUGUUGACCUAUCAGGGAUGGAGAAACGUUUUCCCGGGAGAAUUCCAGGCUGAAAUAUUCCAGAUUUCGGACAGAUCUGGAUUCAUCCAGAAGAUCCAGAGUCACGUUAUUGUGGUCCAGAUGGUGCGCAGUUACCUCACCGUCACAUGUGGAAGUCCUAUCCAGGUUGAAGAACAUUCCCUGGAUCAAUUAUGUUCCAGAGUUAAAACUCGAGAUUGUUCUUUAUGGACCUUCAGUCAUUUGAAGCUGUCUGAAAUCACAUUAUUGCGGUCACCACGUCAUAGGUGGUGUCGAAAUAUUUCGAUGGACCAUCUCUCACAGUAUCACCAUGACGUGUAUGUAUAUACAAGGCUGGGGAGGCCCUUCGUCUUGAUGAGCAAUUCCCCUUUCUAUGGAGCGCAACAUCGGCAGAUCGGGGCCUCGUUUAAGCUUGGAAUGUUGACAAGAAAUUGAGGGUUUUGACCCAUCUCAAUGGUGUUUCCCCCAUAUUGAAGAUGGCUGACCGACCGAAGAACGAAAAUCAGAAUUGUGCCUUAUUUCUAAUUUGACUCACAACGGCGUCCGUCAGUUCUUGUUAAUGCUGGGGCUUGGUUGGAGAGACUGUUGCUAAGCCUGCUAAGCUUCAUUUCUGUGAAUGUAUUAUUGAUUUUUUGUGCCAUUCGUCAGAAAGAGAAAACGAUAUCGACCACGUUCCUUGAGUGUCGAAAACCGAAGUAAAACAAAGUGCAAGCGGAUACAAUGAUCCCGUCACUUAAUAUAUUCAAACGUUUUCUGGUUUAGUCGUGUCUCACCAGAAAUUGAACUUGUCGAUGUAAUAUUUUCACCAAAAUUGGAUUCAGACCCAAAAUUCUCACAGGGUUGUUUUCUAUAGGAAACAGCAUUAUUGUGUGCAGGAAAAAUACGACAUUCUAUGCAGAAAAAAUAUAUAUUCUGCAAAGAAAAUUGCGUGAAAUCAAUAUAAUUUCCUGUGCGGGGAAAUUUUAUUCUGGUUUUAUUUCAAACUUUAAGGUACCGGAAGUAGAAGCAACUCCUUAAAGAGUUCUACUGAAGUCUGGAAUUAAAUCCAGAAUUAGAGCUCGAGUUAGAAAAAGAAUCAAAGAGAUAGAGAUGUACCAUGAUUUACAGUCAGAGUUAGAUGAGAGUGCGAGUAAGUUAGAACGCUACAGUUAGAGUUAGAAUUGGUUAGAGUAAGUUAGAGAGUUAUAGUGAAUGACAGAGAGUCAGUUAAAGGUUUAGUGUUAGAGCAGUGGUUCUCAACCUGGGGUCCCAGAUGUUUUUGGCCUUCAGCUCCCAGAAAUCCUAAGAGCUGGUAAACUGGCUGGGAUUUCUGCGAGUUGUAGGCCAAAACACCAGGGGACCCACAAGCUGAGAACCACUGUGUUAGAGUGGUCAUGAAAGUUAGAUGAAGAAUUAGAGUUAGAGAGAGUGAGUGAAUGGUUGGACAGGGUUAGAACUAAAGUUAGUGAAAGAGUUAGGGUUUGAUGGAGAAUCAGUGUUAGAGUUACCUGGCAUAAGUUAAAGAGUUAAGGUUGAACUUAGAGUUGGUUAGAGUUAGAAUGACAUAGCUCAGGCUAGUGUUAGUUGGGAUUUAGAGACAGACAUAGAAUUAGGUAGAGUUAGAAUGAAUUGGAGUGAAUGAAUUGGACAGAGACAGUUAGAGUUAAGAGAAUUUGGGUUUGAUGUAGAAUACAAUUAGAGCAUUAGACUGAGUUAAGUUUAGGGUUAGAAUUAUAGUUAUUUAGAGUGAAUGAGAGAGUUAGGAUUAGAGUUAGUUAGAAUUAGGGCUAGAUGUAGAAUUAAGGAGUUAGUUAGAAUUAGGUUAAUUUAAAAUUAGAGUUCGAGAGACUGAGUUAAAGUGGGUUUGUGAACUAGAUGCAAUAAUAGUUGGGGAAUUAGACUGAGUUUGAGUGAGUUGGACAGGGUUAGAGUAACAGUUAAUUUGGAGAGGAUUUAGAGAGAGUGUUGGAAAUAGUGAAGGUAAGAAUAAGAGUUGGUGAGUUAGAUUGAGUUAGAGUGGGGGAGUUGGAAUGAGAAUGAGUUAGAGUGAGAGGGAGUUAGAUUGAGUUACAGUGUUUGAGUUAGAGGGUGAGACUGAGCUAGAGUGAGAGUGACUAAAAGUGAGCUAGAAUUAGAUUGAGUUGCAGUGGUUCUCAACCUGUGGGUUCCCAGGUGUUUUGGCCUACAACUCCCAGAAAUCCCAGCCAGUUUACCAGCUGUUAAGAUUUCUGGGAGCUGAAGGCCAAAACAUCUGGGGAUCCACAGGUUGAGAACUACUGAGCUAGAGUUAGAUUGGGUUAGAAUGAGAGGGAGUUAGAUUGAGUUAGAGAGUGAGAGUGAGAUUGAGCUAGAGUGAGAGUGAGUGAAGGCCUGGCCUUCCUCCUCCGCAAGGGCUGGUCCCCUUCCC